AUGGCUAGAAGAAAUUUGACUAAUAAUCAGUCAGUAGACGAUUUGUAUAAUCGUGAUGAGAACCCAUUUUUACAGGAAGAUAGUGAAAAUUCUCUAUCUUCAAUGAGGUUCAAUAAUAAUACUAAUGAAAAUAGUGAAGAUUCUUUAAUUCAACACCAUGUCGAUUCAAACAUUAAUACUUCUUUUAACCCUGAUGUUUCUGAUUAUCAAGGUUAUUACUCAAAAAAUACAAGCAGAAUAGAUGCAAAUAUUAACAAUAAUAAUGGUAGUAAUAUGGAUCUUUCUUAUAUGCAUCCUCCAAAUUCUACCAAUAAUUUAUUAAAUUCAAAUAACGGUGGUGUCUCAAAUAUUCGUGGUUCUUCAACUUCUUUAAAUACUGGUCUAUCAACAAAUGAUAUAUUAUCACCACCCCAAUUCGAUAGAUACCCACAGGUUCAAUCAGGUAACAGAUCUUUAGCAAUGGGAACUCCUAACCCAAACGGUAAUGGCAGUAGCCAAAGAGCAUACUCAAGUUCGCCAGGAAUGGUCUCAAACUCAUCUUUCUUGUCAUCUUCAAAUCCAUUCGUUCCUGAACAAGAUUUCUCUCCAUUUGGUGGUUAUCCAGCAACUUCUUUCCCUUUACACAUCGACGAGAAAGAAGAUGACGAUUACUUACACAAUCCUGAUCCUGAAGAAGAAGCAAGAUUGGACAGAAAAAGAUUCUCUGAAGAUUUCAAACACAUGGAUAAAAGAUCAGCUGGUGGUUGGGUAGGUAUAAUUUUUUUAUUUAUGGCUGGUAUAUUCAUCUUUAUCGUUCUACCUGCUGUAACUUUCACAGGUGUUAUAGAUCAUACUUCACCUGCCCCUAGAAACGUUACUGACUACCUAACAGCAUACCAAUACCCACAACUAGCUAGUAUUAGAACCUCUUUGGUUGAUCCAGAUACACCUUCUACUGCUAAGACAAGAACCGCCAAAGAUGGUUCAAGUUGGAAACUUGUAUUCUCUGAUGAAUUUAACGCUGAAGGAAGAACUUUCUAUGAUGGUGAUGACCAAUUCUGGACUGCUCCUGAUAUUCACUAUGAUGCAACAAAGGAUUUGGAAUGGUAUUCUCCAGAUGCUGUCACUACUAAAAACGGUACUCUGAAAUUAAGAAUGGACGCUUUUAAAAAUCAUGAUCUGUACUAUAGAUCAGGUAUGGUUCAAAGUUGGAAUAAAAUGUGUUUUACUCAAGGUGCUUUAGAGGUCUCUGCCAAUUUACCAAACUAUGGUCGUGUCACUGGGUUGUGGCCAGGUUUAUGGACAAUGGGUAACCUUGCAAGACCAGGUUACUUAGGUUCUACAGAAGGUUUAUGGCCAUAUAGUUAUGAAGGUUGUGAUGCUGGUAUUACACCAAAUCAAAGUUCAUUUGAUGGUAUCUCCUAUUUGCCUGGUCAAAGAUUAAGUGUUUGUACUUGUGAUGGAGAAGAUCAUCCAAAUCAGGGUACAGGUAGAGGUGCUCCAGAAAUUGAUAUUUUAGAAGCUGAAGCUGAUACAACCAUAGGAGUUGGUGUUGCUUCUCAAUCUUUACAAAUUGCGCCAUUUGAUGUUUGGUAUAUUCCAGAUUAUGAAUUUAUUGAGAUUUAUAAUUUCACUACAACUACAAUGAACUCCUAUUGCGGUGGUCCUCUACAACAAGCUGUUUCUGCUGUUACUACUUUGAAUACCACUUGGUACCAGUUUGGACCAGAAGGUGGCUAUUAUCAGAAAUACGCUAUUGAAUAUUUGAAUGACAAAGAAAAUGGUUACUUGCGUUGGUUUGUCGGUGACGUACCAACAUUUACCAUUUAUUCGAAGGCACUGCAUCCAAAUGGUAACAUUGAUUGGAGAUAUAUCUCUAGAGAACCAAUGUCGAUUAUCAUGAAUUUAGGUAUCUCUAACAAUUGGGCUUAUAUCGAUUGGCAAUCGAUUUAUUUCCCAGUUACAAUGUCAAUUGAUUAUGUUCGUUUAUAUCAACCUUCUAACGCAGUCAAUAUUGAUUGUGAUCCAGAUAGUCAUCCAACUUAUGAUUAUAUUGAAAGCCAUUUGAACGCUUAUCAUAAUCCUAAUUUGACCAGUUGGGAAGAAGCUGGUUAUAGCUUCCCAAAGAAUAUUCUAACUGGUAAUUGUAAGAGUUCUAAAUACAGUUUAUCAAAUGAAUAA